AUGGUGAACUGGGAGAGUAAGGAUGCCCCACUCGGGAAAGAGGAAGUCAUCAGAUUAUUUGCAAAAAAAUUGACAGUGUACUCCGUUUUAUGUCCGCGGAGUAAUGAGGCCGAGUUUUUGAGCCACGUCACUGGAGGUGAGGCGCCUCUAUUUGUGGAUAUGGAGGAAUUGGUUAUUGGCAAUGAUGGCCAGCCUACUCAGGAUAGUUUGCGCAGCCAAGCUUCAAAGCUUGCACUCACGCUAGAACAGCGAGCGGAGGAAGCUAGAAUCUUCAGAGAUGAUACACCACCACAUUCUCCACCAUCAGGGGCCCGUUCUGUUCCACCGUCUGCCUCAAUGCCCGAUUCUCCAUCUAUGCCGCAGUCAGCAUCUAUUCCCAGCACCUCACAGCCUCAGGUGCCAAUAUCUUCUGCCAUAUUGGCAAGAUUGGAGCAUGUUGAAAAGGAACAGCUUGCUUUGAAGCAAGGCCAGACUGAUAUUUUGAAAGGGCAGAAUGAGAUAAUGGGUUACUUGAAGACCCUAUUGGCUCUUAUGGGAGAUCAGAGAAGGCCCAGCGCAGAGGCAGAGCCACAGCCAGACGCCGUGUCUCCAGGCGAUGAGUUCAUUCUUCCGAAUGAUUACAGACCUAAUGAUGUGGAAGAUGUACUCCAGACACCUCAGAACAUGUCGGUCACGUCCAUUGGAGAUACCCAAGAUUCAGAGGUUCAGGUUUUAGAGACCGUUCCAACACCGGUGGAGAAGAGACCGAAGAAAAAGCCAAGGUGGUUUGACGAGUACACCGAAAUGAAGAAGAAGAUGAAGCCAUCAACAACCAAUGUGAAUGUUGACCCACUUCGGCCCGUUGAUGAGAAGCUACUACAUAGUUUUCGAAAUUGGUUAGUGGGAACCAUCGGAAACAAGUAUCCGAGGGACGUCUUCACCGGUCUGUGUGGCGUGGCUUGGUUCUCGACCCUAAAUACAGACAAACUAUGGCUUUCUGAUGAUGUAAGUUUAUUAACUAAGUAUUAUAUGUUGUUAUUUACUGCUUUUUACCGUUGUUAUUUGUUUUAUUUUUUUUUUAAUGUUGUAAUGUGGUUGUGCUGACUUAUUUGUAUGUGUUGUGCAACAUUUGGAUGCUGCUUUCCAUAUGAUGAGGAGGAGGCAACACUUCUUCCCGGAGUUGUACCCACGUAAGUGUACUGUCAUGCCAUCUUGGUUUACCUCAUCGUUGAGGGGUCGGUGGGAUGCUUGGAAGAGCAAUACUGACCAUGAUGGCUUUGUUUGGGAUGAGUCCAUCUUGGAACUCCUUCGUGGGGAUCCAAACCAAUUCUUGCCUUCUUGGAAGGGUAUGGAGUGCAUAUACAUGGCCAUGUUCUUGAACGGACCGAAACAUUGGAUCGCUAUGGAGGUCAAUCUUGAGUUGUGGAAGAUAUUCCUCUUCGAUUCGAGUCUUGGAUCUCUAACGAAAGACGAACUGAAUUCGCUUAUGGAUGUGUGGUGCCCUUUACUAGCCAAAUUGGUGGACCAGUGUGGUGUAUGUGACACUCAUUACAUGGUGAUGGUCCCUCAAAUGACAGCCUCCGAAAGCCAGGUCAGACCCUUCGACUGGGAUAUAAUGGACAAUAAAGUUGUACCUCAGACAAAAUUGAGGUAAUUUAAAUGCAUUUUUUUUAUAGUAUGUUUAUUAAUUAACAAAAAAAAUUUAUAAUAUUCUCUAUGGUUUAUUAAAUUUUGCGUUUACCUACUAUUGCAGCGGCGAUUGUGGAAUGUAGGUCAUAGAGCAUAUUGAGCAUAAGUUAUUGGAUCUACCAUUCGAUGGAGUACAUGAUCAGCAUAUGUCGCUCUUUCGCCAGAGAUGGGCAGUAGAUUUAUUCUACCAGAACUUGGCAUGAACUUUGGAUGUUUAAUUUUUUUUAUAUUUGUUGAACAAUGUUUACUUUUACACUUUUCAAUUUGAACAAACUACUUUUCACUAAAAUUAUUUUAUUUUAUCAGUAGAACUUGUUUUUGGCUCA